GCUCGCCCCUCUUCAUUCCAGCUCCAACAACCGCUUCAACUUACUCGGUCAUAUCACCAGCACCGCUGCCACCAGUAUUCAUUUCAAUCUUGUCUCCAACGCAGUCCCUACAUUAUCUUCACAACCGCAAGACCAGCACCCAACACCACAUUCAUCACCCCUCCUCCCAACCGCACCAUGUCUUCCGACAACGACUACAUGUCCUUCCUGAACAAGGCCAACGCCGACCUCAAUGCCAGCCAAUUUCAGCCCCAACGAGGCAACACUUCUUCCACCCCACGCACUCAAACCAUCCACACCAACGUCCGCGUCCCCGCGCCCCUCACCUCCGUCGACGCCUUCUACGUCUCCGAAACAGAUGAGCCAUUUGAACCAGUUGCUUUGAAAUGGCCUGAUGCAGAGCGUGGAAUUUGGCCUGAUGCUGCUGCUCUCUCCAACCUAGUUUCUCCAGAUGCGGACCUCUCCAACUCCAUCGAGACCUUGACAUUUUCGACGUUCGACCCGAGAAAUCAGUAUGCCGGGGUGGUGAGAGCCGUCAGGGCUGCCGUUGGGGAUGAGGAGGGCGCGGCUGUCAAGGUCUACCGGGUUGAGGUGGCGAGGUCGAGGGUGGAGUACUUUGUUUUGGCGCUGGAUGGGACAGAGGGCUUGGUUGUUGGAUUGAGGGCUAAGGCUAUUGAGACCUAGGUUGGUUGUUCAUGGGUGAUGUUGGAAGUAGGAUAAUGAGAAGAUGACUUAUGUGAGAGCGCUGUGAUAUCAGGCCAGUUUUAUGCUUAGAAAUAACGUUACUCAAGUUGAUAUAAGCAAUACUAAUAUGACUAUCUGGG